AUGGAGAAGAAGGUUUCGCAACCGAGGGGAAUCAAACAGCCGCGCACGAGGCGGAGCUCCCCUCAUGUGCUACUCUUGGGCAUUGUCGGUCUUGCGGGCUUGUACCACCUGACGACGAGGGGCUGGCCGCAGUUCCGUCACCACUGCUCUCACCACCACCACAGCCUUGAAUCGCCGUAUGGUAGCUUUCCACGGCCAGACGACGCGUUCAGGUUCAUUCCAUGCACCAAUACCACAAGCCCGCCCGCCUUGGACGACGAGGACCACGAAGUUAGCUGGGCCAAGUUAUUUGACCCAGAUCCAGACCAUUGGAGCUGGGGGAACAGCACGGCUCGCACCUCUGAGGAUCCCUAUGGCGGACGUGGUGUCUUCCUAUGUGGUUACAUCGACGUGCCACUGGACUACAAGAACGAAUCUGACACUCGCAUCACUCGUCUGGCAGUAACCAAGUUCCAGGUUUCGGGACUCGCCCGUGCAGACGGGUCUUCCCCUCCAGGGGCAGGUACCAAAAGCGAGAGAACGCUCGUCCUCGAGCCCGGUGGGCCGGGUGGCAGCGGGGGCCGCAUGGUCUGGGGCUCGGGAGAGCUUCUUACGGAGCGCUUCACAUUCUCCCAAUACGAUGCCUUGGGAUGGGAUCCCAGGGGGGUUAACGCCAGCCAGCCGGCCAUAUCCUGUUAUCCCUACGAUGCCGACAGAGACAGGUGGUCAGCCCUGGCGGGCCAGUACCGCGAACAGCACUCGGACCCUGAAACUCAGCUGAGGUUGACGGAUGCGAUGAACAACGCCACCCUCCACGCUUGCUGGAAGAGACAUGGCGAUUUGGGACGCUUCAUGACGACGACACUGGUUGCUAGGGAUCUAGAGGAGAUCAGAAAGGCCCUGGGCGAGGAUGAGUUGACCGGAUAUCUUGUGUCAUAUGGAACAGGCAUUGGGCAGACAUAUGCCAACAUGUUUCCUGACAGUGUUGGCCGGAUUAUCUUGGACGGGACGGAGUACGUCCGCGAUCAUCGGCUGCUUGGUGGUUUUGGCUGGACUGCCCUCGACAAUGUGACAGAUGCAUUCCAUGAUGGCUUCCUGGGCGAAUGCCUGAAUGCCGGACCAGAGCACUGUGCAUUAGCAAGACCACAUGGCGGAAAAACAGUAGUGCUGAAGGAUUUGGAAAAGCGCAUAAAAGCACUGCUUUCCGGUCUCAUCAGUGACCCGAUACCUGGCUACACUGAGAACAGUGGCCCUUCUCUUGUCACGUACUCCGCUCUCAUUGGCGCCAUCUACGGAUCUUUGUACAAUGCAAAGAGCUGGCCGGCCUUGGCUGAGAUGCUCUAUGAGCUCGAGGCCGGGAACUCGACACUGGCUGCAGCCUUCCUCGAGCUAUCGGCCUGGGAAUAUGAUCCGACGCUUCCUCGGCUGCCUUCCCCAAGGCCUUCGACAGACGAGCUCGAGUUUUUGGUUAUUUGUGGUGAUUCGUAUGACGCCCCGGCUCAGGGACUUGGCUGGUGGUCCUCUCUGUGGGCGAACAUGACUUCCCAGAGCUUCAUCGCGGGCAAUUCACGCUUCUCGGCCGUCUUUCCAUGUCGUCACUUUGCCACGUACUGGCCAGACGUGGCUGAAGCCUACCGGGGGCCACUGAACAACACUUUGAAGAACCCCAUUUUGCUCAUCGCAGAGGCCUACGAUCCUGCAACCCCCCUGAGGAAUGGGAGACGUCUAGCAGCCGAGAUGGGCAAAAAUGCGAGACUGAUCGCUCAUCACGGAUAUGGCCACUCUUCUCGGGACUUGUCUAACUGUACGGAAACUCUGGCGAAGGCUUUUAUACUGAACGGAACACUCCCCGAGGAACCAGAAACGGCCUGUUAUGCGAACGAGAAGCCGUAUCUGUAUGGUGUCAAGGGCAACGAAGUCUCGAACAUGGGAGCCACGACAAUGGCUCAGGAUCCUGUCGCCGCUUGGAGGGAACACAUUCUAGAGCUGGCCAAGUGGCAGCCCUGGCUGUUGUGA